AUGACAAGCUCUAUGAUUAGCAAUGAAAUUCUGCGUCUACAAUCAGUAUCUGACGCACUUAAUGGCUAUCUCGCUCUAGUUGUUCUUGCUAUGGGUACCGUGGGUAAUACAUUGAAUAUUGUCGUAUUUAUUCGUAUCAAAAAAUUUCGUCAAAUGUCGAAUUCCAUCUUUUUAUUGACUUCCUUUGUCGCUAGUAUAAUACUUGUUUGGACAGGCCGUUUUCCUCAAGCUUUAACUAUUCUUACUGGUAUUGAUAUAGCAGCAGCAUCACCAUUCUUUUGCGCAUUUCGUGCUGUAUUCGGGCGUAUCAGUCAAAAUUUGGCUUUGUUAUGUAUUGGCUUAGUCAGUAUCGAUCGUUUCCUUAUUACUUCACGAAACGAACGUUGUCGACGUCUUCUUACUAAGUUACGAGCUACUCUUAUCGUGACAAUAUUGUUUCUUAUUUAUUUAGCAAUCUCUAUUGAAGAUGCUAUCAGCUAUUAUUGGGCACGUUCAUGUAAAUCUCCCAAUACACCUUUUGCAUAUACACAAUUCGUCUCAUACUUUAGUUGGGUUGUCACUUUCGGUGUACCAUUAAUUCUAAUAACAAUAUUCAGUUUGUUCACUUGGCAAAAUCUUCGAUUUUCUGUGCAGGGUCGACGAAAUCGUCUUCAACAACAGGUUAAUCGAAUGAUGUUUGCGCAGUUCGAAUUUGUUUUAUUUGAACGUACAACAAAGCCAGCUAAUGAAUAA